AUGGCCUUUCUUUCUAAGCCGAUUCCAAAACAAUGGCUUCCUUUGUUCGAUCGGAAGUCAAAGUACGCCAGCAUAUAUUCCCCGAGUGGGAACUCAUCUUCGCGAAAUUCGUUCGACGGCGAUGAAACUGCUGAAGGCCUCCUUGAAAAAGAUAGAACUGCCCGUGGGAGAGAUAUCCGGUACCGCGAGCCGUGGUGGAAAAAAAUCACUGUGCUGGUGGUUGGACAUUUGAUCCUCUUUACUCUGUAUGCCAUGGUUCUCUUCGUGAUAGUAACCAAGAAAGGCAAGAUUAUAAGAGCAGAAGGGCUACCCAUUUCGCCCGCUAUUCCCGCAAUCCGGUACGAGGCACAAAAGUUUACGCUGGAGGACCGAAUCCAGGAGAAGGGAUCGUUCUCUGGAAAGCCCAGUGCAGAGCUUGAUAAGGCAUGGCAUGAUCUUCUGAAUGCGGAGAACAUUAUUAUCGAACCCGAGAUCAUGGCACACUAUGGCCGUGAAGACAUCGGCGUGGCGGUCCCCGAAGGAGGUGGCUACCUGGGUACUCUGAACGUCUACCACGAGCUGCACUGCCUGAAGCGGUUGCACCAGUACAUGUACCCGGACUACUACUUUGGUGAUCUGACCCCGGAGCAGCAUGAGAUGAAUCGAUUACACAAUGAACACUGCAUCGACUUCCUUCGCCAAUCUUCCAUGUGCCACGGAGACAUUGGUCUUAUCACCUUCGAAUGGCACGAUAAUAGUCGUAUCCCCGUAGCCAACGCUACGACGCAUCAGUGCGUCAACUGGAAGAUGUUGGAUGAUUGGACUCGCACUCGCACGGUGGAUAUGAUGAAGCCGAACUGGCUGGUGCAUCCGAUUUUCGGUGAGCUUUCUCUCUUUCGAUCAUUCCAAUGGUAA